AUGAAGGUCGUCGCUCGCGUUCAGUACCUGCUCCUUCUCGGAGCUCUCGGUCUCGCUUCGGCGACAAUGAAGGAGGGUGAAGAGGGAUUGCUUAAGAAGCGCUGCUUGGUACGUCUGAUCAUUCUUCAUCCUGUUCCAAUGUUUCUGAGCAGCCAUCACUGACCCUGUCUUUGUCGUGCAUAGCUCCUCCCCGGCGGCAUCCUCGGCCUCGGCGCCGGCGGUCUCGUCAGUGACGUCCUCAACACCGCCGGCAGUGUCCUUGGAACCAUUGGGUCCUUGGGUAGCGGCGCAACCUUGAAUGGUGGUCUUAACGUCGGGGCUAGGUGCCCGGUGACUUUCAACUGUGAUGGUCAGUCUUCCAACAUCUGAGAUUCAUUGGCUAGGAUACUGAUGUGCUUUGAUUGUCGGUAAAAAAGGUUCGGGCAACGACGGUUACGACUACGACGUCAAUGGCAAUGGCUGCCCUUCUUACUUCCCCUCGUCCGGAUGGAAGUAUUACGGAGUGUAAGUCUCCCUCUUUAAACCCUCCCGACUCCAAAUCAACAUGACUCACCUUCGCUUCGUUCUCAAACAUCAUAGCAACCACGGCUGGCAACCCUGCCCUUCUUACACCGCCCCUCCUUCCUGGACUCCUCCUCCACAAUGGCAAAGGACCAAGUGCACGUGGUGGAAGGGAUCCAGUGGAGGUUCAAGUUCUUCCGGCUCGUACCCUUCUUCCGGCUCGUACCCUUCUUCCGGCUCGCCACCCUCUGGCCCUCCCCCGGGCCCCCCCUCCGACUCGGGAAGCUGGGAACAACCCGGACAACCCGGACAGCCCGGAAAACCCGGAAAGCCCGGUCAACCCGGUCAACCUGAGCAAUCGGGAGGUUCGCCGGGGGGUGCUCAUGGGCAUCAUAAGCACAAGAACGGCGGUGGAGGUGGAGGAGGAAGUGGUGGUGGUGGUGGUGCCGGUCAGUCACUAAUUUUGAUGGCUUUCUAAAGUGGGAAGCUUACUGACAUGGUGCUUGUGAACCCCGUUCUUGUAGGAGGCGCUGGUGGCGCUGGCGGAGGAGGAGGAGGAGGCGGCGGCGGCGGCGGAGGUGGAGGUGGUGGUGAGUCAGCCUGCAUUUACCCCUUUUCGGACAACGAAACGAACUGAACUUUCUUUCUGCCCCUUCUUUUAGGAGGUGGAGGCGGAGGUAGCGGCUCUUACGACGACUGCGAGGAGUGCAAGAAGGAAUGCUCCAAGCGCUUCGCCAAGCACCGAAGGUCGCAACGCCUCCAGGCCGACCAUUGA